GAGAUCAUAGGUGGUGAAUCGCGUAUCCUUUAAGCAGCCUUCUGUUAAACUUGGAAUACCACAGUUCAAGCAAUUGAACAGAUGGAUAAUGGAGACUGGGGAUAUAUGAUGACUGAUCCAGUCACGCUAAAUGUGGGUGGACACAUGUAUACGACAUCCCUCACAACUCUAACGAGAUAUCCUGACUCAAUGCUUGGGGCCAUGUUCAGGGGAGACUUCCCCACUGCCAGGGACUCUCAGGGCAAUUACUUUAUUGACAGAGAUGGACCACUUUUCCGUUAUGUUCUUAACUUUUUAAGGACCUCAGAGCUCACUUUGCCACUGGACUUCAAGGAGUUUGACCUACUGCGGAAGGAAGCGGACUUCUAUCAGAUUGAACCGCUAAUUCAAUGUCUUAACGACCCCAAGCCGCUGUAUCCUGUGGAUACCUUUGAGGAGGUGGUGGAGCUGUCCAGCACCCGGAAGCUUUCCAAGUACUCCAACCCGGUGGCUGUAAUCAUCACGCAGCUCACUAUCACAACAAAAGUCCAUUCGUUACUGGAAGGCAUUUCAAACCACUUCACGAAGUGGAAUAAGCAUAUGAUGGACACCAGGGACUGCCAGGUUUCCUUCACUUUUGGGCCAUGCGAUUACCACCAGGAAGUGUCGCUCAGAGUCCAUCUGAUGGAGUACAUCACAAAGCAAGGCUUCACGAUCAGGAAUACCAGAGUUCAUCAUAUGAGCGAGCGUGCCAAUGAAAACACAGUGGAGCAUAACUGGACUUUCUGUAGACUGGCACGGAAAACAGAUGACUGAUUCUGACUCCACAGGAGCCACUUCAGUGAUUAGCAACUUAAUUGGACAGUAAACCCAAAAGAGUCUGGAUUUUGACUAAAGCAACAAUGUGGGCUUUUUUUUUUUAUAUGACUAUUUAUUGUUUAUCAGUAAGGGCUGGAGGAGUUUCGUUCUCUAGCAGCUCUGUCCUUUUGUCCUGUUCAGAAAAAGACCGUGCAUGUGCCUGUUCAGUCAAGACACCUUUUUGUUUGAAAGAGGGAGUCCGAAGAAUUAGUACAAUAGGGUAUUUUGUGUCAUUAACACAAUUUUCUGACGCAACUUAAAGUGCUAAAAUUACCUCUGUUUAAAUGGUUUCUAAUCCAUCUAAUGCUACGACACUGGGAGCAAGAAACAAAAAGAAUUUAAAAUGCAGUUGGGGAAAAGCUGCUAUCAUGUAGACUAAUUUAGUUUCUAAAUCAAUAAACAGUGUUCUAAUAUUCUAGGAAAACAAAUCCCACCCUUUAAAAGUACUUGAUAAGUACAGUUUCUUACAGUUAUGACAACUGUUUCUUUCUAUGCAUAUAAAUCAAGCAACCAAAUAUUAUCUGUAGCCAUGGAAAUAUGAUUAGAAGUAUUUAUAUUGGAUUCUAAAUGCAAAAUGUCCC